CUUUUUGUCCCCACAAACAUUAAACUAGAACAAUUGUGCACAAUUUGAAUAGUGAAGUAAAUAAAAAUGUAUUGUGUUCUAGAUCUAGACACUAUAGACUAUUAUGGCUACAUAGUUAGUGAAAGGUGGCUUGUAGACUAAACAAGACAAAAAACGUUCUAAAGACCCAACCAUCUUACAAGCUGGAUGCUGUCCACUUGGAUUUCACUUCAAGGUACUGGAACAACGUUGAUGACGUAAUUGCUGAAAAGUUUCAAGGAUGGGCUUUCUUUGAAUCCAAUGACGUCUAUGUCAAGAGACAAUUUUUAUGUUUUCCUUUUAUGUACGACUACGACAAGAUUCAUAUUGUUUGUUACAACGGAGUCAUCAAGUUUGGAAAGAGUUUAUCACAGUCUUCUGAAGGUAGAUACGAGUAUGCCAUGAAUCUGAUUGAUGCCCAAAUUUACCUCUUGCCAAUAUGUCUGCAAAUCAAAUUCCGAGACAAGAGGAAAAAGUAUAUCAUCAUGAUGGAGAAACUUGAAGAUUACAAAUACAUGAUUAGAACACUGAAAGUUCAAAAGCAAGAAAAGUUCCGAGAGAAGGAAAUGUAUCUCUGUGACAGAAUCAAGUAUCUCCACAGAGUACAAGCAAACCAUGUAGCCCAGACAACAAAGCUUCCUUGCAGACACCUUUACAAAUAUAUUUUAGAGGACGCCAGAAAGACUCCAGCGCCAAGCAGGCAUAGUGGGCAUUAUCUCCACCUGAAAUGUCUAGCCAGACGAAAGAGUUUAGUAGACUGUAUUUGCUAUUAUACAUGUUGGUGCUGAUAGAAAAUAAUGAAAAUCCCUAAUGAUUAAACAAAAUUUUUUUUUUCGCUCAGAACAAUUAAUGUGACUAUGAAUAAGAAAUUUUUUGAGAGGUUUUACUUUUUUUCUCCAAAUAAUUAGAAUCUAUGACAAUUUAUUUUUGUGAAUUAUUUUUGUGUAGUUUUAAAAUGAGUGCAAAUGAAUAAGAAUUCUGAAAAGUGUGUGCAUCUUGCAUUAUUUUAAUGACCUUAUAUAUGAUAGCAGUUAAAUAACAAAUUGUACAAAAUGAAACAAAAAGGUAUUAGUUCUAAUGUACCCUUAUCUAAUUAUGGUAAACAUAUUAGCUAGUGUCUCUACAUAUAGGCUACAUGCAUGUUUAGAUUCUAAAACAUGUACAUAGUGAAAUCAUUAAACUAUUUCAUAGCUAUUUUCUAAAACUUGUUCCUAUCCUAAUGAAAUGUAUCAAUAACUUGUGCUUCUUGUAAAUAAUUAGAAUCUAGCACCAAUUCUGUAUGCUGAAUGAUUACAAGUGAAAUAUGUAGAUAUGUACCAAUCAGUAUACAUUUUGUUAUAUUCAUUAUACUAAACUAAUUUUUAUU